AUGUCGUGUGCAAGAUGCCAAAGGCGGCAGGUGCUGCAAAUUUUGACCGGCAGUAAAGCGAAGGCUAGUCAGAAGUUCAAGCGCAAGCCCGAGAGCAAAGCGCGGAAGAAGCAGACAGAUGAAAUAUAUUUUGAAGAGCGUGGCGGACGCGAGAAGCGGAAAACCUGGGAAGCCGAUUUCAAGGCCGCUCGCGACGAACGUCGGGCCGCCGCGAGCAUCCGCGACGUGGCUGGAAUUCCUGAUGGGGUCGACGUGGAGGCGGUGUCGGACGCGGGCUUUUCGUUGACGCUGCGCAAGGUCGAAGAGCUGCGGAAACAGCUCGGCGAACCGGACCACGACGGGGACUGGGUCAUCUACUACAUCGUGCUCGCUACCUCCACCGAUCAAGCGGCGAAAAAGUGGAGCAUCGAGCAGGAGGGCGACUGUAAUGGUGCGACUGCGUGCAACAUUCUCGCGGACGGAACGGUGAAGCAGCGGCCCGGCAUCGGCUUGGCGAAGCCCGAGGAGCCCUCGAAGCUCGUGCGCGGCUUUCGCGCAGCGGAGCUCCGGAAGAUAAAGCCGCGGGCCUUCGCGAUCGUCGACGCGGGCCACGCCCGCGAGGUCGCCACGAAGGUCGAGCAGCGGACGCGCGACAGGCUCGACAUCCACGCGUAUGCCGUCGACAAGGCCCUCAAGCCCCUGAAUCGCGCGAACCGCGAGAUGAUCGGAAGGGAAUCGGGCCCUUACUACGGCGGCGUGCGCCUGAUCCCGGGGCUGCGGAACGGCGGCCCGCCGGGCGCCGGCGGCCUCGUCGGCUGGCUCGACCCGUCGCUCGACGAGAAGCACGCGAAGCGCGUGAACGAGGCCAAGGGGCGCAACGCCGAAGUCGCGCGCGCGCGCCGCGCGGCCGCGCUGCUUGUGCCCGUCGUACUGCCCGUCGUUGGCUGCCCGCACUCACACCCGAGCCCGGCGGCCAUGCCGGCGGCGCGGGGCGAGAGCGAGGCGCGGGCGCUGCUGAAGCGCAUGGGCCGGUCGCUGGCGAAGGAGCUCGAGGACGACGACGACGCCGGCGGCGGCGCCCCGGGCCGCGGGUCGCGGCGCAAGCCCCGCGCCGCCGGCGGCGGCCUCGCGGCCGUGCGCGACAAGGCGGCGCCGGGCGGCCUCGGCGGCGCCCUGACCUGGGGCGUCGCCUGGGGCUGCGCGCCGCACCUCGCCUUCGCGGGCGGCGGCGCGCGGCGCGCGUGCCGGCCCGCGCCCGGCCGCGUGAAACUCGCGUCGUCCGGCGCGGCGGCCGUCGCCUGCGGCCUCGGGGGCACCCUGGUCCUCGACGACGGCGGCCGCGCCGUCGCCUACCCGCGGACGGACGGCGGCAACCCGGCGCCGCGGCGCGUCGGCGGCGGCGCGCGCCUCGCGGCCGCGGCCGUCGGCGACGGCGUCGCCGCGCUCUGCGGCCGCGACGGCGCCCUCCUCGCGCUGGACCCGCGCCGGAGCGCGGGGCGGGCGGGCUCCUGGGAGUGCCCGCGGAGGCUCGCGCUGCCGCCGCGCGUCGCCGUCGUCGGCGUCGCCGCGGGCGCGACCCAUUGUUUGGCGGUCUCCGCGUGCGGCGAGCUCUUCGCCUGGGGCGACGGGUCCGCGGGCCAGCUCGGCCUCGGCGACGAGCCGGCGGCCCUCGCGGCGCGCGGCGCGCCCGCGCUCGUGCCCUGGCCCGCGGCGGCCGCGCCGCUCCGCGGCCUCGCGGCGGAGCCCGGCAAAGCGGCGCUGGCGUGCGGCGCGCACCACUCGUGCGCGGUCGACGGCGCGGGCGCGCUCUGGACCUGGGGCUUCACGGAGCACGGCCGCCUCGGCCGCGACGAGCCGGGCCUCGAGGACGUCGCGAGCCCGCGGGACGGCGGCGGCGGCCGGGCGCUGGGCACGCCGGGUCCGGCGGUCCUCCCGGGGCCCGAGCGGCUCGUCGCGGUCGCGUGCGGCGCGGCGCACACGCUCGUCGUCUCCGAGCGCGGCGACGUCUUCGGCUGCGGCUGGAACGAGUGGGGCCAGGCCGCGGGCCGCCGGACGACGCCGCCGGCCGUCGUCGCGCUCGCGCGGGCCGACCGCGACGCCGCGAGGCGCGCGGCCGACGACGCGGCCGACGCCCUCGAGCGGGCCAAGCGGAGCCGCGACCGCGACCGGCGCGCGAAGCUCGCCGCGGACCGCCUCGCGGCCGCGCGGCGCCGCGCGGCCGAGGACGCGGCGGCCGCGUUCCGCGACGCGGCCGCGCCGCCGCCCGCGCCCGAGGCCGAGCCCGAGGCCGAGCCGGAGCCGGAGCGGCCCCUCCUCGCGUCCCAGUCCGAGCCGACCUUCCAGGCCUACGUCGAGAACCUGCCCGAGCGCCGCAAGCCCCCGCGCCGGUCCAAGGCCGCGCUCGCGCCGUUUCCGAAGCCCGAGAACGCGGCGCUGCCGCCGCCGAAGAAGCGGCCGACGCGCUUCAAGAGCGUCGACGAGUGGGCGCCCAAGGCGUAA